AUGGGGUUUCACUGCGAGCUGGCGCGCUGCUUCUGGGGUGACUGCAUCAGCACUAUGGUGAAAGGCCGGAGGUGUGACCGUGCCAAGCGGAAGUGCUAUGGCGGCAACCCUGCCCUGGAAGCUGAGCGGCUCGCAUUGGAGGCUUCUUUGAAGAAUGCUAAGGUGGACCUUGCCCGUGCCCAAGCCCGGGUGAACCUUCUUCAGGGUGAAUUGGACAACUUCAACCCUGAGGACGUUCUUGUUGAGGUCACACUAGAUAAUGACGAUGUGUUUAAGUGGAGAGCAGUGCUGGAGGGCCCUUCUGACACUCCUUACGAAAAUGGAAAAUUUCAUGUAACAUUAACAAUGUCAGAAAAUUACCCUUUCACACCCCCAAAGGUGGAAUUUAAAACCAGGAUCUUCCACUGUAAUAUAAACACCAAUGGGCACGUGUGCCUCAACAUUCUCAAACCCCGCCAUGAGAAGGAUGGAGCUUGGAAGGAGGCCCUUGGAGUUGAACAGGUGCUCUUAUCAAUUCGUGCACUUCUGUGUGAGCCUAAUCCAGAUGACCCAUUGAUGGCCUCAGUUGCAUCUCUGUUCAUAUUCAACAAGCCAGAGCACGACAGAAGGGCCAGGCUCUGGACUCAAAGAUUUGCUAUGUAG